AUGCCCGCCGAAGAGACCGCGCCCUCGGGCCAAGUCCACAUGGGUUGCUACCAAGAACGCACCCGCGGCACCGCCCUCAUUGCAACAGACCAGGCCGGCACCACUGACGUCUCCACCUCGCAGGGCACCCGCUCCGACAAGAUGAGCCCGUCGACCUGCGCCACGUACUGCUCCCAGUUCAAGUCCAAAAUGUACGGCCUCUCCCGCGGCACCGACUGCAUCUGUGGCAACGCCCUGCGCGCAAACACCCAGGUGGCCCCGCUGAGCCAGUGCAACACCGCUUGCCGCGGUGACGACGGCGCUUUCUGCGGCGGCGUCAACUACGUCAACGUCUACGGCCCGGAGACGAUGAUGACGGCCGCGGCGUCCCCAUCCAAGGCCCAGCACAUUGGGUGCCAGCGCAUGCCCGCGCGCGGCGACCCCUUGGUCGAGUACCCCAAGCUUCGCUCUGCGCAAAUGACGGUGCAAAUGUGCCAGGACCACUGCGGGCUGUACCAAAGCAAGUACUUUGGUCUCGGCGGCGCCGGGCGGGAUUGUUUCUGCGGCGACGUGCCGAGCGAUCGCGGCAACAGUGGAAGCAGCUUUUGUAAGACGGCGUGCGCGGGCGACAAGGGCGCAUUCUGCGGCGGUGGGACGGGGGCGGCCGGGUAUUACAACUUGUACCAGCUUGACUUUUCCCAGUUCCAGAGCAUCGGACAAUGGAGCGCCCUGGUCAAGUUCCCGGUGGUACCGGUUGCCGUGGCUUUGUUGCCUAAGACCGGGGAGUUGCUGGCGUGGUCUUCUGGUUGGAGGUUAGUUUUAUGUUUUCCUUUCCGUAACUGCCGAAAGUUUGAUUUGUUGAUCAAGGUGGACGAACUAACGACGACCAGAAACCGCUGGACCUUCCCCGGCAACGGAAAAACGUAUACGUCGAUUUACAACCCGUCCAGCAAGGAAGUCACUGAGGCCCUAGUCGAAAACACCCAGCAUGAUAUGUUUUGCCCGGGUAUCUCCAUGGACGCUGAUGGCCACAUCAUUGUUAGCGGAGGCUCCACUGCCGCCAAGACGAGUAUCUUUGAUGAAGAAACUAAUUCUUGGGCUGCCACUGGCGACCUGAAGAUCCCUCGUGGAUACCAGUCGAGCACGCUUACUUCUGACAACAAGGUCUUCACCAUCGGUGGCUCGUUCCGUGGUGGUGCUCAAGGGAAGCACGGUGAAAUCUACGACACUGUAAGCAAGGAGUGGAAGAAGCUCGAUGGGUGCUCGGUGACGCCCAUGUUGACCCAAGAUACCCGUGGCUCUUUCCGGGCCGAUAGCCACGCGUGGCUUCACGCGUGGAAGGAUGGAUAUGUGUUCCAGGCCGGCCCUAGCAAGGCGAUGAACUGGUACUCCACGCGGGACUCGGGAAGCGUCAAGGGUGCUGGAAACCGAGGAAGUGACAGCGAUGCCAUGUGCGGUGUCAAUGUCAUCGCUGUUGCCGGAAAGAUUCUCACCGUAGGAGGUGCUCCUCGCUACGACGGCGUUGCGUCAACCGCCAACGCCCAUGUCCUUACCAUUGGUGAGGCUGGCGGUGCUGUAGAGAUUGAGAAGCUUGAGAACGCCAAGUACAACCGCGGAUUUGCCAAUGGUGUCGUCCUUCCCGAUGGCAAGGUCUUCAUUGUUGGUGGUCAGAGCCGUACUGUACUCUUCUCGGACGCCAACCCGCAACUUUUCCCCGAAAUGUGGGAUCCUGCUACCAAGAAGUUCACUACGCUCAAGUCACACACCACCCCCCGUAACUACCACUCGGUAGCCCUUCUUAUGCCUGACGCGACCAUCUUCUCUGGCGGCGGUGGUCUUUGCAACGGAUGUACCGCCAACCACUUUGACGGACAGUUCUUCUCGCCGCCCUAUCUCUUUGAAGCUGACGGGCAAACUCUUGCCAGGCGCCCCGUCGUUUCCGGCCUCUCAAUCUCCGAGUGCAAGGCCGGCGACAGCUUCACCAUUACUAUGGAUGAGGCGGCGAACUACACCUUCUCGAUGAUUAGGAUGGGCACUUCGACACACGCGGUCAACACCGACCAAAGACGUUGCCCUCUGGAGGCUCAGGCCAACGAUAAUCAGUACACGGUGACUGUUCCCGGAGACGCCGGUAUCGCACUCCCUGGCUACUGGAUGUUGUUUGCUGUCAACGAAGCUGGCGUUCCUAGCGUUGCUAAGACUUUCAGAGUCGCAGUGUGA